UCGGCAGCUUCUUGUGUCUCCUUCUUCCAUCUACAACACACCUUCUACCCUUCCCCUAUUGACUCGCUUCUAACGAGCUGUCACAUCUGACUGCUCCAUCUCUUCUCGCCCUCUCUCACUGAGUCAGUCACCCGAUAGCUUGCCGAUUAUCACCAGAACCCCGCCGCCAUGUCGACCUCUGCCCGCCGCCGCCUCAUGCGGGAUUUCAAGCGCAUGCAAACAGAUCCUCCUGCUGGAGUCUCGGCAUCUCCUGUAUCAGACAAUGUCAUGACCUGGAAUGCCGUUAUCAUUGGCCCCGCCGAUACACCAUUCGAGGACGGAACCUUUCGUCUUGUUAUGCACUUUGAAGAGCAAUAUCCGAACAAGCCUCCUGGGGUGAAGUUUAUCAGUCAGAUGUUUCACCCUAAUGUAUAUGGUACUGGGGAACUCUGUCUGGACAUCCUUCAGAACAGGUGGAGUCCGACUUAUGAUGUAGCAGCCAUCUUGACUAGCAUCCAGAGUCUUCUGAACGAUCCGAACACAUCGUCUCCUGCCAACGUGGAAGCCUCGAACCUCUAUAAAGAUAAUCGCAAGGAGUACGUUAAGCGUGUCCGUGAGACCGUCGAAAAGAGCUGGGAAGACUAGGGUAUAUUCAAGUCAUUUUUGGACAUGAUAUGCUCUCCGACGUGUUCGGCCUUCCAUGGUCUUUUCUGCACCUUUUCCUCUUCUUUCUCUCUUCCCUCCAUCCUUUCUGAACCAGGACAACGCCGAACAGGCAUGUUGAGUACCUGAGCUUCCCGGUCUCUUUUUAUUUCCUUUCCAGACAUGCACAGCGCGGGGGAUAAGGCGCCUGGCGAAUACUGCUCUAUUUGUUUUCUCCGUGGAUAUUUGCAUCUUGUUCCGAUGUUGCAUAAUGCAUCAGCUUGUCGUGCGUUACCAGCAUCAUCUAGUGACCAUAUGAUCAUUUCCCCC